AUGAAUCCAGGAGAUAAAACAAUUUUCCAAGAAUAUCUGACAAAUCAGGGGACUGUGGUAAAGCCCUAUUGCUGGCAGAGACAGAACCACAUCUGUGCUAAGUGUCCCUACCACAUACGAACUGGCGAAGAAGCAAGAGUCCCUUAUGCAGAAUUUCACAGGGUCUUUGGCUUCCCAUACAGAUCAACAGCAACUCUCCAAAACGAACACCUUCUCUUCUAUGAACUGAUGAGUUUCUCAGGCAGAGUAGUCCAAAAAGGCUGUGCUACAAACUGCACUGACCAAGACAGCCAUCCAGAAUCCAUGCUGUUUGAGGUGGGUGGUUAUCUGGAUGCAGUCACAGAUGCCUAUGGAAACAUUGGAUGCAUCAUCCUCUAUUCAAAUUACUCUCCUUGUAAUGAGGCUUACCACUGCUGCAUAAGUAAAAUCUACAACUUCUUGCUGAAGUAUCAAGAAAUCAUACUCCGCAUCUAUUUCUCUCAGCUUUAUCACACUGAGGACUGUUUCCCCACUGCUGCAUGGAACUGCAGAGCUCUGUGGAGCCUCUCCAGCCUGUGGCCUCGGGUGACUCUGCAGAGACUGCCUGGGGGGGCAUGGCAUUACCUCCUCUGCAAUUUUGUGCAUGGCAUCCUAGGGUCAACAUUUUAUCACCCCACUCCAUCAUCAAGAACCUUAGCAGAUGGACAAAAUCCACAUCAAAUUAACAACUUAACAGGAAUGAAACCGUAUUUUAGGAAAGCCUUUCCACAAGCCAUGCAGGGAAAGCCUGCUGUGCAGAACCUAAAGGCCUUUUCUUCUCCUAGCCCAGCCUCCCAACAGCCUUUCCAAGCAACGAAAGACAGUCUGCUGCCUCUCAUGUCUCAAAGCCACUUGGUGCUUUUCCCGGGCAUGUUUCUGCCCUUUCAGAGGGAACACCUACACCCCAGACCUAAAAGUAUCAUAAGGCAUUUAAAAAUGCCAAAGAAAUAA